AUGGUGGCAGACUGGGUUAUGAUGGAACCAGGUGAGAGCAUCAAAAGGGAGAACGAAAACAACAAAGACAAAGGUGAUCAUUUCAGUCCUGACAACUCAUUCCGCAAAAUCAUGGGUCAAUUGAAGGCAAACCAUCCUUCUGAAAUAGCACUAGGUCAAGACGAUGAGAUCAUACAGCGUGAGGCAAACCCGAAUCCACCGGAUGGGAUGGUUUCGGCUCAAAAGGAGAUCUACAUUGACAUCGACCUCAUCAGACCCCCUGAUUUUGAGGAAUAUGAGGAACACUUGCCCAAAAAAUCGAGAAAUCUCUUCCGCCAUGUCUUCUCCCAAGAUUUCCCAAGAAACUCACUGCUGCAUCGAGCACAAUCAUGA